AACUGAUCGAAGGAGUUGGAGGAGGGAUGUGUAUCUUCCCUGAAAGUCAGGGGUUGAGUCACGCCUACAUCGUUGUUUUUAAAGGGAGGAAGAAGCUGCAUUUCCAACAGUUUUGUUGCCGGCUAUAGCUUGCAGUGUGUUGCGAAUGGAGCUGCUCGCAGCUCUUGUGUUACUCUGUGCGUCUGCUGCACGCUCCGGAGCCGUCCCCCGUGGGUGCCCCGCGGAGUUUGUCAAUGUUAACGAGGGGGUUUGGAAGUCUCCCUGCUGCUCCAAGUGUCCGCCAGGUGAGGAAGGAAACUUUGCUCAAUGCACCUAUAUGAAAGAAGACUGUACAGACACCUCAGACUCUAUCUGUGUGCCAUGUGAAAAUGGAUCGUACACAAUGGAUUGGAAUAAUAUGUAUUUUUGUUUCGGAUGCACUAAAUGCAGUGAUGAAGGAGUGAGGUAUAAGAGAAGCUGCACAAAAACCUUAGAUGCCCAAUGUGAAUGCAUCGAGGGCUACAGAUGCGCUGAUGAAAAUUGCAGGAUAUGUGUUUGGAAAGCUCCAAAAAGCAAUGCUUGCUCUCCAGGGACGUUUUCUGACACAGGAACUGAGCCUUGCAGGCAAUGGACAAACUGCACAGCAUUGGGUUACUUGGAAGUCAUGCCCGCAAGUUUAACAAGGGAUGCAAAAUGUGCCACAGGAACUGUGGCGGGCACUGUCAGCCAGAGAGCAUGGGAAACUAUGAUCGCGAUUAAAAAGAGGAAAAUCUCCCCUGAUCAAGUGGAGGGAGGAACAAUCAUUGUGUCGGUGAUCAUUAUUCUCCUGCUGUGUCUAUUACUGGGAAUGCAGAUAGCCUUGUGGAAGAAGAACACCAAAAAAAGGAGUAAGUUGUUACCAGUGUUUGCUGACCACGGCUUUAUGUUAAGAGGACCUAUCUGGACAGAUUGUGAGAGUUUAUUCAAGCGUCAAUCCAACACCAUGGGUCAGAAAUUGCUGCAAUAACGAGUUUGGAGGCAAACAACAUUAGCUGGACUUUAAUGCUGACUUUUUACUGUUAUUUGCUGUUUGAAUAACUGCUCAAUGAUUCAAAUGUCAGCUCAGGGAGCGGUGUACCCAAAUGUUUCCUCCUGCUUGACGAUCAAUAAAUGGAAAGGACAGAGAAAAGAAACAAAGCAAUAGAUGGCAUUGGUAAGAAGGUUGAUUGGAAUCAGGUCAAAUACAGAGACAGGAAGAAAGAGAUUGCAUCGAGAUAGAAAAGGGAAGCAAGGGAUAAAAAGAAAUAGUAAGAAAGAGGUCAAAGAGCAAGCAGGAGAAGAAAAGCUCAGUUUCAGCUAGGAGUUGCUCUGUUAGUCCAUGAGCAGUUAAACAGCAAAAGGCAAACCAGGAGAUGUAGACAAGGUACUAACAGUCUAGACUCAUGUAGAAGCAGUGGUUCAAAUUUAUCAUAAACAGAAAUAGUGGAAUACCGAGAACGCAAGCUGUGGUACUGCUUUAUGCUACAUGAAGGAAGACUAAGCACCUUCUGUUUACCCUUCUACCAUCAUUGUGGACACAGGGACAAUGAUAAACAAAUCCAAAAACAGAAGUUGCUGGAAAAGCUCAGCAGGUCUGGCAGCAUCUGUGAAGCAAAGAUCAGUUAAUGUUUCGGGUCUGGCGACCCUACCUCAGACGUUCUGCGGAAGAGUCACUGGACCCGAGACCUUAACUCUGAUCUUUUCUUCACAGAUGCUGCCUGACCUGCUGAGCUUUUCCAGCAACUUCUGUUUUUGUUCCUGAUUUACAGCAAGUGCCGUUCUUUUGGUUUUUACAAUGAUAAACAAAUUCGUGACUGAGUAAAGUACCUAAUCUUUAUCAAUUAGUUGAUAUCAUGAAGUCAGGAAAAACCCAGUGGUGGAGCAUUUUGGAAACAUAAGAGUAAAUAUAGUUGUUCCUCCUAAUUCUGUCCCACUCAACCACGAGCCAUGUCUUAAAUCACUCUUGCAUUAUUUCCCAAAAUAUUACUUCCUGAAAGAAACCCAACUAAUUAAUUUGCAUUUGAAUGAGUGGCUCUCUUCUAAGUAUUGAGAUAGUUUUGCAGUAUGGAAAUAAUUGACAUUUGAUGUCAGUGGGAGUGUGGAUGGCAGAUGUAGCAUGGUAUUAAUCUUUACACUGAUACAAAAAGGUUUGUUUUUUUUUAAUUUAUACACAAUCUGUUGCCUGCUGAACUGAGAAUCCACAUCCUCAUCAACAUUCCCCUACUUGAUGGUGAGAUGGUGUCGUGUCUGGACUAUAUAUCAUUAACAAUUUCCUGCGAGGCAUUAGUUAUCUGCCCAAUAUGGCUGUAUCAAGAAUCAUUCAUUAUGAUGGUGUAAAUCCAGAAAUUUUGCAAUCAACAGGAAUGUUGUCAGGGAUCCUUGCAGCAGGAAGGAUCCUUUAUCAGGUUUGGCAAAGCUCAGGGCUGUGAAAUGCAAAUCAUCUGGCAAUUUGAGAUCAUGGCACUUGCUUUUAACUCCACAUGUUGCUGGUUUCAGUUAUGGGUUACUGACGAUGAGCAUUAAUGAUAAUGUAUGGCACCAAUUUCUAGUUCCAAACCUGUCAUCGCAAUUGAUCAGAGCCCAGCGGACGUCAGCGGGAAUUUCGAUGGCAGACAUAACAUAGCGAUAGUCCUCAUACCAGUUAAAAAGAAGUGGACAGGGUUUCUGUUAUUGAUUGCCAAGGCCUACUGAAAACAGUUGGUUUUGUGGACCACAUUCAAACAAUAGCUAUUGUUGGUUCAUGCAUGAAGAAGAACUAUUCAUACAAGUUCCAACAUGAACUUGAAACUUCACAUCAAUCGUUUUUAGUUCAUUCACAGGAUGUUGGCAUGGUUCCAUAGUUAUUUGCCAUUGCUUUUGAUCCUUGAUAAGGUGGCAGUGAGCUGUUUUCUUCGAACAGCUGUAAGUGGUGACCUAUAAGACCGUAAGAAAUAGGAGCAGUAGGCCAUUCAGCCCCUCGAGCCUGCUGCACCAUUCAGUAAAUCAUGGCUGAUCCGAGAUUCCUAAUUCCACUUUCCUGCUCUUUCCCCCACUGAUCAAGAAUCUACCUUUCCCCAGCUUUAAAUAUACACAAGGACUCUACCCCACAGCUCUCUGUGGCCAGGAGUUCCAAACACUCAACAAUCCUCUGAAAGAAGAAAUUCGUCUUUGUCUCAGCCUUAAAUUAACACCCCUUUAUUCUGAGACUGUGCCCUCUGGUCCUAGACUCUCCCAAGUAGGAUUAUGUCAAUUCUGCUGCAGUGCAUUAGUGAUGGAGAUCAAGGGUUUUGACCCUGUGACAAUGAGACUAUUGCCUGCGCAUUUCCAAAUAAGGAUGCUACCUAAUUUGAGGGAGAAACUGGAGAUAAUUCUGCAAAACUGCUUCUGCACUUGGCUUGCAAGAUUUUGGGCUUGCGUGGUAUUAAAGGACCAAAAUAGUUUGACCUCUUCAGAGACUAUUUCAGUGUAUAAUUAUGUUAGAAGCCCUUUAGCCAAAAUGACCCGACACAAUUUGUCUGAAGCCCCAUCAUUUUUUAACAGUGCUUAUCUUGCCAGUGAAUCAACUUAGCUUACCACUCAAAAUAUCCUGCAUUUCAAUUGACACCAUUGUUGAAUGCUCUGCUGGUAGCAAAAUGUAGUACAGCAGGUGUUCCCUGGAAUAUAUCACAGUCCACAAUGUCAAAUAAUGCAAAAAUGAACUGCGGAAUGGUUUUUGUCAAAUAAAAUUUGAAGAAAUUGCUGUGUUAUUAAUAUAAAUUAGGAGUGUGAAAUGAAUGAGCUAUCAAAAUUGUCUGAAAUGUCAUGUAAAAAUGAAUCUCUAAUGUCUGAGAUGAAAGGUUACC